GCCGUGUUGAUUGAGUGCUGCAAGGCGGCUGGGCUCCCUCAGGGUCACAUUGACCGUCUGAAAGACCAAAGGCUUACCUCCUUGGCCAAGUUGGCUUUUGCCGCGGGUCAACCAGGCGAGACCCCAACUGAUGCAAAGCUGAAGCAGCUGGUGCAAGUGGGAAGUGAUGAAGUGCCUGUUCAUGUGAUUUCGGCAACCCGGCAAGUUGUGUAUGAAGCACAAACCUUGCUGAUGGCCCAGGUUCGUUCUCUAAUUGAACGCAAGGACGAUGAAUCCAAGAUGGAAUUGGCUCCAGCAGAGUCAGCAGAGCGUGCCUCACGUCAGAAAGACCAACAAACCCGCCUUCUGGGCGUCAGCCUUGUUGGUGAGGCGGCUUGCAGCCAUCAGAGCUACGACCUUGUGAUGAAGACUCUGGAGCAGAAUACCCUUUCCUACUUGGGUUCCGUGAAAAUUGCAGAUCCAAAGCCGGAACUCACAUGUGAGACAGGUGCCCCCCUUGAGCUUUCAUGGGCCCUGCAACGUAGGGCCCUUGCCUGCGACCUUGUCGGCUUAUCUGGCUAUGCCGAGCAGCAAGCCUGGCAUGCGCGCCUCUUGCGUCAUCUGACUGACAUCGACCCGCCACCAGGGUACUCCCGUGUAAGCGUGCAACAAAUCUUGGCGGCCGACAGGGCUCCUUGGAUGAAAAUGGCUGAAUGGACCACUGAUGGGAUCCAACGAAAGGGCUGA